ACCCCAACGUAAAUUGAUGAACUUUUCUCUUGUCCUUGAUCCUCUCGAAGCUGCUGAGCUCUCCAGAAUUUGAACAACCUUACAUCACAUCACAGGAAAACCAUAAAAUCAUCAUGGCUGGUCCAGAAAUCAAGCGCAAGACCAACUUGCAAAUAGAGGCAGAUGAGGAUUUAGAUGAUCUUGAUGGUCAGUUAAGCUUCAUAUCUCGAUUCGCAGAGCUCGUAUAUAUAUUUCGAUUCCUAGAUGUCCUUUCCGAAUUCACAACCGCAUCUCCCGCCAGGCCUACCUCUACUGCGGUACCGAUCUCACCAUUAACCUCACCGCCCCCACCUCCUCCCACAGCAACUUUCGCCAAAGCCCGACCACGAACGAACACUCGCGUCGAUUCAGCACCGAUUAGCAUUCCGGGUACUGGCGCCUUGCAAAAGGAAGUCGGAAUCACAGAACGUUCAGAAGACACAGAUGACGCCGAUUAUAUCCCAGAAGGCCCAGAAGAUGAAGCAGCACUUUCAGAUGCAUUCACGAAGGAGCUGGUGAAGAAUAUGCAGGAUCUUAUGCGGGAGCUGGCAGACGAGAAGACACCGAAAUCAAAUGAGAAUGAGGAAACGGAGGAGGGUGAGGCUGAACGUUUGAUGAAAGCUGCUUGGGAAGCUAUGUUAAUUGAAGGCAUGAAUGGUAUGACUGAGCCUCCGCCAUUGCCCUCGACGUCAAAGUCGACUGCGGCUUCAACAUCGGCUUCUGGCGGUGCAGCUGCUUCCGGAGCUGGAUCCGAUUUUCAGAGCAAGAUCAAGCAGACGAUGGAGAAGCUCAAAGAGAGCGAAGUUAAUUUGCAGAACUCCUCUUCGUCCACUUCAACUGGAAAGCCCGAAUCUCUGCAAGGACUACUCAACUCACUCAAAGACCUUGGCCUAGACGAUCUCGAUGCAGACGGAGAUGGAGUGGAAGACGAGGCCGAGCUCGCUUCCUUCCUGGAAUCUAUGAUGGGUCAACUGAUGACCAACCCACCCACUCCGCUCUCCUCUGCAGACCAGACACGAUACGAGAAGCAAUACGAUUGCGUGAAGCGCAUCGUGGCCAUAUUCGAUGAUCCUUCGUACAAAGAAGGCGGGAGUGAGGGGGCAAAGAUCGUUGAUUUGAUGGGACAGCUACAAACAUACGGCAACCCGCCUGAAUCGAUAAUGGGCUCUGUUCCACCUGAACUCAUGGGAUUGGGUCAGGAUGGCCCGGACGGACAGUGCAUAAUUUCGUGAUCAGCGUUAGAACCAGAAACCCCACUCAACCUUGAAGCAAACCGUAUAAUUCAAAUUUAUCAGUCAUUCCGCUGACGGCCCGCAUCUUAAGCGGAACGAUACAAGGCUCAAGCUGGACGUCCGCGAAAGGGAAGCCCGUUUGGAUUGAGCUGGGCGGUCCU